AUGCCACUCAGCGAAAUUACACUGAGGGUCUUCAAGAAGACCAGCGGAAACGGCUCAAUUGCCCUCUAUCUGGGAAAGAGAGACUUUGUGGACCAUGUGGACAAAGUUGAUGCCGUUGAUGGGGUCGUCAAGGUUGAUCCAGCAAAUCUCGAUGGCAGGAAGGUCUGGGUUCAGCUUGCUUGCGCCUUCCGCUACGGGCGUGACGAUCUGGAUGUGAUUGGACUUUCCUUCAGAAAGGAUAUCUGGAUACAGCGAGUUCAGAUAUACCCUCCACCUAGUGGGUCCACGCCACCCAGCACUGCAAUGCAGGAAGCCCUUUUGAAGAAGGCCGGGGACCAAGGCCACGCCUUCCUGUUCAACAUUCCCAAUAAUCUGCCAUGUUCAGUCUCCAUCCAGCCUGCACCGGAGGAUGCUGGCAAGCCCUGUGGUGUUGAUUACGAAGUGAAGGCCUACAUCGCACAUGAACCAAACAACAUAGAUGAGAAAAUUGAUAAGAAGGAUACCUGUCGCCUCAUCAUUCGAAAAAUCCAGUACGCCCCUGAGAAACUGAGUGAGGGACCAAAAGCUGAUAUCACCAAGCAAUUCAUGAUGUCAGACAAACCCGUUCACCUGGAGGCCUCCUUAGAAAAGGAGGUUUAUUAUCAUGGAGAUCCAAUUCCAAUCAAAGUGAAAGUAAACAAUGAAUCUAACAAAGCAGUGAAGAAAAUCAAAAUCACCAUUGAUCAGACCACAGACGUUGUGCUCUACUCUGCAGACAAAUACACAAAAGCUGUUCUGUCUGAGGAAUUUGGGGACCAAGUGAAUCCAAACUCCACACUGGAGAAGGAGUACAAACUCACUCCUCUACUGGCCAACAACAAAGAGAAGCGUGGUCUGGCACUGGACGGAAAGCUUAAGGAUGAGGACACCAACCUGGCAUCAACUACAAUACUGCGACCUGACAUGGACAAGGAAAUACAAGGAAUUAUGGUCUCCUACAAAAUCAAAGUUGCCCUCAUGGUAGCCAGCGGAGGACUCUUAGGAAGCCUUACAGCCAGUGAUGUUGUUGUUGAGAUACCCUUGAUGUUGAUGUCACCAAAGCCUGCUGAUAUGUCUGAGAGUAACUUGGAAAAAGCAUGA